AUGAAGUCUUCUACUGCUUUCUUAGCCCUCGCGGCAACUGCCAACGCCGCGCGCAUCGCCAAGCGCGAAUACCCAUGGGAUACCAAAGAGAGUCUCUGUAACGACAAAGCAUGGCUUCUCGAAACUGCGGAGGGUGCUUCUCAGGUCUGGGAGGAGACUGGUGCUGGCGAUGAACUCGACAUUCAAAUCAUGGGACAAUGGGAACAUGAGGUCAACUGGCUCUUCAACCUGGAGCACGCAAUCAACAAUGGAAGUGGGAACCUCGGCAUGUCUGGCUGUGGUCUUAUUGAUAGCGAUUGCUUGCCCCAGGGUGCGCCAGACUGCGAGGAACACUUUGACAAGUUCGGUACGACUGGUGACCCCUUGAAGGAUCCUAUCGGCAGAACGUCAUACUGGAUCUUUCAAGCUAUCAAGGGUAUGCAUAGCAAGUUCCAGAUGCUUCACGGCGAACUGGUUAAGCAGACUCUUAUCACCAGCCUUCAGAUCGGCGAGAUGGUCAAAGACUUUGGAGGUAACGAGGAUAAGACUGAAGAUGUCUUGAAGUGGCUCUCUGCUGCUGUUGGAUUAGGAAGCACCAUUGGUGGUCUCGUCCCUGGAGCUGGAGAGGGCAUUUCUACCGGUUUCGACAUUAUGGGCGGUGUAUUCGACAUCAUCGCCGAAGAGACAAAACCGGAGGAGAUUGACCAAGCCACCAUCUCAUCUGCCCUGGGUGACAUCUUUCAGGCCACAUCUGAUAAGCUCAAGAAGACCAUGAGACUGGCUACAGGAACACUCCUGCCAGGCGAGUCCCCAGACCUCUUCAACACCCUUCCUGCCUCCAGCAAGUACGGCCCCUGGAUCCACUCGCCUAUUACCAAGUUCUUCAACGGUGGCUGGUUCCUCCUCAGCGACAGAAGUCAACCCGUCCAGAAUCUCAUCAACGCCAUAUCCGGAAACAUCAAGCCCAAGAUUGCCAACAACGUCAUGAAGGCUGCCAACCUCCGCCUCGUCGCCGACAAGCGUAUCGGAAGCCAGGAAGACUGCGGUUAUGCUACCGGUCGUCAAUGGAUGAACUUGAGGGAUAGUGAGAGCUACUGCUUCUACAUCGCUAGACUUGAUGAGCACGGUGUUUACGGUGAAAAGUACGAUGAGGCACCCGAAGAUAUCUACGCCAACAUGGCCAAGUACGGCCUUGGUAACAGAGAUCCUUACUACCGUGCCAUUCUUGACUGUGCUACCAGCGGAGCGGAGGGUCUUGACUUGGACAAGUUGGGUUUCAACAACAUCCCUGUUUGCUUCUUUGACUUGCCUGCUUACUGGCUGGAGCGCAAUGAUGGUCCUGAGUGUACUUCCAACUUUGUCAACAAGGCCUGCAACCCCACCAAGUCCAGCCCUAUUGCUUAA